AUGACAGAACACGCACCAGAAAGCACACUACCCUAUCCACCUGUCCACAAGGAUAAGAAAUUCGUGGUGCUCUCCGACUGGGACGGAACCAUAACCACCUGCGAUUCCAAUGACUAUAUGACGGAUAACCUGGGGUUUGGCAAGGAGAAGCGCAGAGCUGGUAAUCUCGAUAUCUUGUCAGGCAAGUACACCUUCAGGGAUGCGUUCCAUGAGAUGCUGGACAGCGUCAGCAGCAACGGUCACAAAUUCGACGAAUGCAUCGAUAUUUUGAGGAAGAACAUAGAGUUAGAUCCUGGCUUCAAGGAGUUCUAUAAGUGGUGCAAAGGCAACGACAUUCCCGUCAUCAUUGUUUCCAGCGGAAUGACGCCCAUCAUUCGCGCAGUCCUGUCGAAUCUUGUGGGAGAGGACGAUGCGAAGGAUAUAGAUAUCAUCUCGAACGAUGUCGACAUCCAUCCUGACUCUACAUGGAGCAUCAAAUUCCGCCACCCGACGAGCGGAUAUGGGCACGACAAGUCGCAGGCCAUCCUCCCCUACCGUGAUCUCCCUGACCCGCCCAUGCUGUUCUUUUUUGGCGACGGGGUAUCCGAUAUGUCAGCGGCGAAGCACGCUGACGUGUUAUUCGUGAAGGAGAAGCCCAAUGGUGAGAAUGACCUUGCUGCGUACUGUACGGCGCAUGGAAUCCGACACAUCCUAUUCCGGGACUUUUCCCAAGCUUUGGGUGUCGUGCAAUCUGUAGUGAAGGGCGAGAAGACUCCUGAUGAAGUGCUCUCUGCUGGCCGGAUUGAGUGA